CAUCAAGUCGAUCAAAUGUUAACCUGGUAGCAUUCAGUUGGCAUCCAUCAAAUGUAAACAGUUUACUAACUUUGAAUCGUGAUGGCUGUUUAAAUGUAGUUGAACUUGUCGAACGUCCAGCCAUUGGAUGGUCAGCUAAUCAAACAUUAGUUUGGUCAUAUACUCGUAAUUGGACCGCUUUCGGUUUAACAGGAAUUGUUAGUAGUAAUCUGGAUGCACUAGUGGAAUUCUUACAUACAGUUGAUAAAAAUAAUCAAUCAGCACCUGUUAAUGACGUUACCACCACGUACAGUCUCCCAAAUGCACAAAAUCUUGUAAAAUGUCAGAAUACAAAAAACAAGGAUGAUCAGUGUGAUAACAAUCACUGUCAUUAUGAAAAACAAACAGCACUUCUUGUUGAAUUGAAGCGCUGCAUGGAGUUGGACAUCGCAGUUAUUAUGCGAAAACGUGCUGAACUGGGUUAUGGACUCGAUAUUAAAGGUACUACUUAUGUUGAGAUUGUCAAAGACGAUGUACAACUUCGAACAAUGUGGACAUGGAUUAAAUGUAAGCUUAGUUUGGCUUAUCAUUGAAUUUUUUGCAGUAAGAAUGUUUUUAUUUAAUUCAUGAAGUAUUUAUAAAGUAUAGUUCACUCUUAC